AUGAUUUCGGAAGGGGACAUUUGCUUCGUGAACUAUGGAGAGGUGCCGCCAUGCAUUCAUGCCAGACUUGUUGGAGCGCACAUUCAGAACGACCUGUUUGUAAUCAUCACGCCUGACUACGAUGUGUACGAGGAACAGUUGUCUAACUUAAACCCCGACUUCACCGCCUUCCACUAUGGAGGUCCAGGGCUUGGGGCGGCAGUUCCAGCUGGUUUGAAUCGAGCGCAUGUGUAUGCCUUCGGGGCCAUGUCAGCGAUUGACUACCAACGCUUGAUGAACCAGGCAAGGCUCUAUGCUGCAGGCAUCCGAGCCGGUUUGGGCUUGCCGCCAGUACCAAAUGUAGCCCCAGCUGUGCCUGCGCCAGCUCCAGGUGCACCCGCAGUACCUGCCCUUCCUGCUGAUCCACUGGUUUGGGUUGCCCUUGAAAGCAGAGGCAACGCUCGGGUCGGAUCAGUUGUGGUUCCGGCUGGACAGGGCCUACCCGCUGGAGCCGUGAACUUAGGUGAUCGUGCCAUCGUCGACGCCGGUGCAGGCCUGCUAGUUGCUCUCAAGCAGGUGCCGCAGUCCCAGGUGGGGACUAUGGAGACCAGGGACUUGAGGGUUCUUCCUUUGCGUUUUGAUGGGCAAGGGCAACGACGGGCCGACUUCAAUGAGGUUGUCAGCCAGAUGUCUCAGGACGACAUGCCAGGAGGCAAGUUGCAGUUGGACGGGCCUCCUUCCGCCCUGGAGGUGGUCCGUUCCAUGGUGCUUCGAGGGCUCACACCUGUCACUGAUCAUGAACACUGGGUUCGGACGCAUGAGUUGGCCAAGGGCGACAGGUCCGUGUACGAGAUGGAGGUGAUCACCAGGGUCUUGGAGGCAUUCAUCACCGUCGACCAGAUCAACAUCCCCAACCUCAAGGGUUGCGAGCUGCUGGUGCGUCGUUGGCAGUUGAUCCGGGAGGCUCACCGGCUAUCGCCCACCAACCCGGACUACAGUGCAGCUGAUGUCAUCAUGGGUUGGGCUUACCGGAAGGGCGAUGGGGUUGAGCCGACCUUGGCUCGCUACGUGGCAAGCGAGCUGCGGGACCAGGCGUCGAUCGCCAAGGAGGCGCGCAAGGGGGUCGCUGUUUCCUACCUCUCGGUGAUCCCCUUUGUUUUCCUCGAGGAGUCUGCUUGUGUGAGGAGGCACAGGGCGAGGCGAAAGGACAACCUUGACAAGACCAACGAGGUGAUCCAUGCCUUGAACGCUAUGGAGAGAGUGUUCCAGCGUGAGGCCAUUCGUGAGCUUCUGCUUGAUUGUCCGUCUUCUCCCUAUGUGUCGGAUGGAGGCGGGACCGGAAGUGUGAGAGCUUAUCAGAGAGACCUUGUGUCAUUGCCGGAGUCGGGGGCCGAACCUCUUGAGGCCACGGCUUUGAUAGAUGAUCAAGGGCGAGAAAUUUUGGAGAGAUUUGAGAGCACCAUGUUUGUCGGGGAGGACGUGAGCCAUGGUUCCCCCAUCAAGCCAUACAUGGACGACACCCUUAGAUCCUCACCGAAGGCCUAUGCCCAGUUCAUCUCCGACAUCUUCGAGCGGGGGAUGAUUGAUUUUGACAGGACCGCCGCUAGCAUCAUCACACCAUUCUUUGUGAGCAAGAAGAGACUUCGACGAUACUUCGCCUUGCCGCCGAUCCCAGCAUCUGCGCUGCCGGCAGGUGUGGGCGUCAUUGCGGAGAGUGAGGGAGAGUUGUGGUACCCUAGGAUGAAGGUCGUCCCGAUGGGAUGGAGUUGGGCCAUGUGGAUUGCACAGAGAAUACACCAGCAUCAAGCUUCAGUGGCAUUGGCAUGCAGCCCCGAUCAGGUCCUGGUCGACGGGAGGCCUCCGCCUUCUCUGGAGGCCGGGUCUCCUCUGCUCAUUCCCUAUGCCGAUAACCUCAAUGUCUGUGGCACAAACCAAGCUGCAGUCCAGAGUGCAAAGGACAAGGUGGUUGAGCAGUUGCGUAGCGUUGGAUUCCGGGUGCAUGAAGAAGAAGACGCGUCGUUGCGUGUCCAGGCGCUUGGCUUUGUCAUCGAUGGUGAAAAGGGUGAGGUGCAUCCUAUCGCAGCUAGGCGUGACAAGGAUAUUGCAGCUGCUCUCAUCUUGACGUGCUAUGCUGAUCUACGUAAGCCUUGGUGUCCUACCAUUACGGCUAGCGAUGCUUCUCUCAGUGGCACUGCCGUAGCUGCUCUGACCGUCGAGUCAGGCCAGGUUCAAACGAUUGGCGUGUGCAGAGAAAUGUGGCGUUUCAAGUCAAAAGAUCCAUUGGCCAAGGCCAGGGAUGCGGCUCUGUGUUUGGACCCAUUUGUGCACCAUGAGACUGUCAUGUCACUUGACCCGGCAGAGAGAGAUCCAUUUCAACUCAACCUUGACUUCCAGCAUGUGCCUGUGCAGAUCGCGUGCCAUCCUGAGUGGAAAUUGCAACUUGCUUGCCGCAUGCACAAGCCAGAACACAUCACGCUUCUUGAGGGGCGGGGGACUGUGCAAGCGGUUCGACACAAGAUGAGGGUUGAGGGCAACUAUGGCAUGAAACAUUUGCACCUUGGUGACAAUUUGGGCAUGGUUCUUGCUUUUGACAGGGGUAGGGCUAAAGCUGUGCCACUGUUAAUUUGUUGUCGGCGUGCAACGGCCUUUGCGAUUGCGGGCGACUGCGUCUUCACUCACAGAUGGAUCCCCUCUGAACACAACGCGGCUGAUGCCGGCUCGCGCCAGUGGGAACAGGAGAAGCCGUCCGAAGCCGCGGCCAAAAGCCGCUCGAAAGAGGCCGUCACAAGCCUCUGCUACCCCAAGUCCAAAAGCUGCUUCAGCAAAGAGCAGGGCCGGGAGCUCUUAUGGGGGGUGCUUGCGGGAGCUCCCACCAAGCGCAGUCUGCGCAAAGCGCUCCAAGGGCCGGACGAAGCCACCCGGGCUUCCAAACGCCAGGCAGUGGUGGCAGCGGGCAAGCCGCGCAACCGGAACGAGGGGCACACCUUCCUAGAGACCGCGGCGGUGGCGCCGAGGACCAGCGAGGAGUACCUCCACAAGUGGAACCUGUUCGAGUCCUUUUGCAAAACCCAGAAGUUGAAGCUGCGAAAAGAGGACGAAGUGGACUACGCCUUGAACCUGUUUCUGAACCAAGCUUUCUUGGAAGGAUGGGACAUCAGCGAGGGUGUCAAAUGCAUGGCUGCAGUCACCGACCGCUGGCCCGCCUUGUCAGGUCGAGGACAGCUCCCGCGAACAAGAAGGUCCAUGCAAGGAUGGCGGAACCUCGACCCAGGUGUCACACGGCCGCCUCUGGCGUGGCCACUGGUCGCCCUGAUCGCCCUGACUGUCCUUCAGGCGGACCAGUUUGUAGCGUGCAUGGCCAUCCUCUUCAUGUUCGCCACUUACGUGCGGCCGGGAGAGGUCUUCGAGAUCCGGCGCCAGGAUCUGGUGAAAAGCAGGUCGCUCGGGCAGGUUUGGUCUGUCAAUCUCCACCCGUCGGACGACCUCCAGGAGUCGAAGGUGGAGGUAAGCAACGAGACCAUCCUGCUGGACAACAAGGAAAUCCCGUGGCUCGGAGCAGCGCUCGAGUGCAUGACAGCCAUAUCAGGAGCAGCGUUGUUUCCCACGAACUACACAGAGCUGCUCGACACAUGGCAUCGUGCUCUCAAACAACUAGGACUGGGGUCCAAGUUUGCAGUGCCUCACCAGUUGAGACACUCUGGGGCGAGUUGGGACCGCUUCAAGAACUACCGCAGUUUGUUGGAGGUCAAACAUCGAGGGCGUUGGGCGGCCGACAGCAGCUUAAAGCGGUACGAACAACAUGCAAUGGUAGCUCAGCAGUUCGAGAAGUUGGCCCCGGCGCUCAAACGACGAGCGCAAGCUGCCCCAGCUACACUGCAAGCAAUGGUCCUCGCCAAAUGUGGCCUCAAACGGUGA